AUGUCGUCGAACUAUGAUGAAUUAUGGUUAAAAACAGUCAAUGAAGGUAUUGAAGAUCGCGUUGAAGUCAAUCAACGCAUGUUAAUCGAUAAAAUGUUAGCUCGUUACUCAUCUGAUUUCGUUGUGUACCGUGAAUUAAUUCAAAAUUCUGAUGAUGCUCAAUCUACAUCAUUCACACUUGAAAUAACCUGUGAUCCGACAAGUGCUACUGAAUCGUAUGAAUCUGCUAGUAAAGAUGAUUCAUUCAAUUACUUAUUGGGAGGUGUUGGGCAAUUUCUUAAAACUCCAUGGACUUGGACUGCGACUACAGAGAAAACCGAUGAUUCUUUUACCGAUAUUUCGCCUCCGACGGCUGCUAGCCCACCGGAGAACGAUUUUCAUAAUUGUUUGAUAACAGAAAUUCGUACCAUCAACAAUGGGAAUGUUUUCACUGAGGACGAUUGGAAACGUGUGAUCACGAUCGCUGAAGGCAAUACAAACGUGGACGCAAUUGGGCAAUUCGGUGUCGGAUUCUUUUCUGUCUUCUCAUAUUCCGAACGACCGAUGAUACAAUCGGGUAAACAUCGUUUAGCUUUCGUUUGGCAAAAUGGAAAAUCGUUGACAACUUUUAGAAAAGAAUUACCUUCCGAAGAGCAAUCCGCAUCCACAUCGGUUAUACUCAGUAUGAAGAAUAAAUAUAUUCUACAAACGAAAGCGCCCAUACCAGAGAAUUCGAGUACAAAUAGCAACACUCGUAAGAAGGGGAAGAGAGGUAGGAACCGACCAGCAAAAUCCACAACGAAUACUGCAACCAAUGAAAUUGUUCCAACCAUGGAUUUACCGCAACUAAAAGCAUAUUUUACCAAAGUUCUCUCCUUUACGAAGCACAUCAAUGAAUUAAUUAUCAAAAUCAAUGGUCUCGUCGUUUUUCAAGUCAACAAAACGGCAAAAAUAUCACAAUCAACAAAACUCUCUUCAGUUGCGAAGCGAAUGAAUGCCAGUAAUGAAAACAAUCUCCUUCGUUUUAAGUCAUUUGUCCAAACUGAGCAAACGUUCACCAUCCAGCAUGGCCCAUCGAUUACACUCAAUCAUAUUGAUGUCGAAGCACAAGUUAUUGGUGACAAAGAGUUUCAUCAACAAAUUGAACGAGUUCUCAAGAAGAGUUUACCAAAGACGAUACACAUUGAAUUUCUAUUCCCAUCGAAUAACAUAUUUCAAGAAGAACAGUGGCAAGUCCUGACUAAUGACAAUGCGAAUACUUUCCUAUUGAAAGGUUUGAUUCCAUUGAAAUUGAUCAAUGGACAAAUCAAUCCUGCAGGACAGAUUUUCAUCGGUCUGGCUACACACCAAACGACAGGAAUCGGUAUGCAUGUCUUCAGUCAUUUAAUUCCAACGAUCGAACGGGAAAAUAUCGACUUACAAGAUCCGUAUAUAUCUAUUUGGAACGAUCAAUUGUUGAUUUCUAUCGGACAAAUUGUUCGAUUUAUUUACGACCAAACAAUGGCUGAUGCGGUCGAACAAGCCACCGAUCAGACACAUGAUCAUUUCGACGCUAUCCUAUCUCCGUAUGCUUUUCAAGAGUCAUCUCCGAAUAAAGAAAUUGGUCGUAUUUUGGUUGAUGGAUUCUUCUCGUCAGAUAAAGAAAUUCUCGUUCCUGUGCGACGCUCUCCGACAGAUACUCAUCUCGUUCUUGUUCCAUCGACAGAAGCGUUUUUGACUAAGUCAAAACAUAUCGAGACGUUUUUAUCCGUACCGAUAGUGCCCUAUGAAAUAAGCAAACAUGAUUUUUUCAAGAUCUUGAAACAGCGUCAAUGGAUUGAAGAAAUCGACAACGACACAAUCACAAAGAAAAUUCAUGAAACGAUUCUUUUAGUCGACGAAUUUAUCGGUCUACUCCGUUGGUUGUGCACCAAUGAUAUUUACAAUAAAUCCUUUAUCAAAGAAAUCCUCUCGAAAAUACGUUUUCGUCACACACGUCAAUCACCGAUUAUCAAACUGACUAAAAUCCAGUACUUUGAUACAUUCAAUCUCCCCUCGCUUCCACUUCCAUCCGAUGUAUUACCUUCAGAUGUUGUUUCUCAUCUAGCUCGAGACGAUCUACAAAGACGUUUAUCAUUAAGUCCAGUUUCGAUUAAGCAUCUCGUAGAAUUCUACCUUGACGACAAUCAACAUUAUCUGUUCUUGCAAGACAAUACAUCCAAGGUUCUUCUCAGUUUUAUUUCUCACCAUUGGAAUAAAUUUAACGAGACUGAGUCGACUCGCAUCAAAACAACACUAUCGAACAUCAAAUGUAUUCCAACUACUCAAGGUAUGAAAUCACCGAAUGAAUCGUAUAUUCCAUCGGCAAGCCUGUCAUCUAAUCUUCCUAUAAUUACGCUUUACAUACCACAAAUUGUAUCGAAUAAGAAUGAAACUGAGUCGAAGGAAUAUCCUGUUUCCAUUGAACUUGUGAAAUCUAUCGGAUGUCGAACGAUUCAUAUCCCAACACUAUCAAACAACGGCCAACAUACUUCCAAAGAUAGUCUCGCAUCGGAUGAUUCGCAAACUGUACAAGCGUUCGUUCAGUAUCUGGUACAACAACGAAAAAAUCUUAGCGAGAAUGAUCUGCGAGCAUUGAAACACAAUCACUGUAUUACAGGAACCACAUUAGAAUCCAAUGGUGAAUUGAAACGUAGAUAUAUUCCAAGUGAACUUCAUUUUCCGUAUGUUGCCCAAUGUCUUCAAUGGAACAAUUUACUCAUUGUCGAUUGGCCAGAUAUUGAACCACGUUCUGGAGAAUAUGCGUUUCUUAAAGAAUUGGGUGUUAGAGAAGUACCCGACCUACACAAACUACUUGCUCAUAUUGAUCAAGAACAUCACAAAGGAUUGAAGAGCAGAGAUCAAUAUAAACUACCCAACGCACUUGUUUUCUUUGCGGAGAAUUUUCAACAGUAUUAUUCGAAAAUAUGGAUAAGUGCUAACAACAAAGUUGCUUUUCUUCCAUCAUCUCCUCCCGAUCUCGAUGCUUCCACCGAUGUGAUCUUAACAACNCUACCCAACGCACUUGUUUUCUUUGCGGAGAAUUUUCAACAGUAUUAUUCGAAACUAUGGAGAAGUGCUAACAACAAAGUUGCUUUUCUUCCAUCAUCUCCUCCCGAUCUCGAUGCUUCCACCGAUGUGAUCUUAGCAACACCGGACGUUGUUUUCAAAGAACCUGGUCCGUUGUGUCCAUCUCUUCUUCCAGAAGUGCUUCGGUGUUUUCAACAUCAUUUUGACAUCGGCUUACUCGGUGUGAAGUAUCGUCCUUCUUUACCGGUUGCCUUCGAUAUUCUCAUGGGAAAGCGAAAUCAAUUAUUAAUAGAUGAAACGGCGCCGAAGUAUUUUUCUUAUCUAAAUAAACUGGACGGUCUCAAUCGACUAUUUAUUCAAAAAGUGUCGACCAUAGCUUUCAUUCCUCUACCAGGAACCAAGACCUAUGUCAAACCAUCUCAAAUCUUCAUCCGUUCUCGUGAUUCAACGAGCAGUAGUGCACCAGCAGGCACACAUGUCAAUAUAAUCGAUGAUAUCGCCACACAUGGCCUAAUCGAUUACGUAGAUUAUGGUUAUGAAGCCAAUUCGUUUCUGCUCGGCAUUGGUGUGGUUUCGUAUCCUUCAGCAGAAGUUUUAGCUGAACUAUUAAUUGAACGGCAAGCAGACUACUUUAGUCCCAGUGCACAAAAUAGUAAUGAAGUUCUCGCCAGGAAACUACGCGUCUACAUCAAUUGCUUAAAACAGCUCGCGGCAGUGUCACAUGUUGCACGGCAAUUCACAGUGGAUCCACUACGAAGUCGUUUGAUCAACAAACCUUGGUGUUUAGGUUAUCAAAUUAUCGACCGACCGGAUGGAAGUAAAGAUCGAAUAUUUAAAAUAGCCAAACCCGGUGACAUCUAUUUGGAUGAUGAUCAUCAAUCUGCUAUUGAUUUGCGACCAUUGUGCGCGCCGGAUGAACCUGAAUUAACGAAAUUGUAUGAACAGUUUGGAGCAAAUUGGAUUUCUGAAUCAGUGAAAAGAACUUUAGUGCAUCGCGGCAAAUUCGUCGGUACAGAUCGAAGCAAAAAACUGUACGAUUUAAUUCAUCAUCGUUUAGAUAUGUUAUUUGUGAAUAAUAGGGGAGAACAAAUGGAAGGUAUCGAUGCGAAGCGCAUUGAAUUAUUACGAACAAAAUUCCAUGUGUAUGAAUCGGAAGGGAUUCAGUGUCAGUUAACUUUCGACAAUCGAACUACUACAUUGAAUUCGACAGAAUGUAGUACUUGCGCAUUGGAGCAUGAUAAAAAUAAAGUGGCUUUGUAUAUACAGAAAGAUAUUCCUGUUUUGGAUUAUAUCGACAUAGCUACAGAACUGACAAGAUAUGUUUAUAAGAAACCGCUGGAUGCGUUAGUGCAUUCGAUUAGUGAUAAAUUGGCAUCUUCGUUAGAAACGCUCAAACGUCGUGGUAUUCCAGUCGAUCGUCUGUUGAAAACUCAAGAACAGCAACCUUUUAAACUGUCUUUAAAUGUUGAGCAAAGCACAUUAGAAGAGAAAGUCUCGGCACGAGCAUCAACUACCACGAACGCGUCCGUCAGAGAACAAAAACCAUUGGAGACGUCGUUCGAACAUCAUCACCAUAAACAAGUACAGCCUGAUGAUGAUACUCAAUCAUCACGCAGUUUUCUUCAAAGUUUGAAAAGUUAUUUCGUUUCUCCUUCGACGGAGCCAACGAAUUCACAAGAGAAUCGCACUAGUCGAGUCGAACGCGACCGUGUUGCACAUUUCGGACGAUAUAAAUUUGACGACGAUACUGACAUCAACAAAAUGAUUCGAACGAGCAGUUCAUACAGUCAAAGAACUUACAAUCAACCGGAAUUUUCCCGCAAUGAAAUCAAUAACUCAUGCGAAUUUAUUCCCUCGACAAAUAUGAUUCGUCAUGAACAUCUUUUCAACGGCAUUGCGCUUUAUCUUGAUGUCGAUGUGAUACUAACUGAUCUUAUGCUUGAACAAAGUAAACACCUGUCUUACCUACUUUCCAGUCUUGCCAAACAAGUAUUUCGCAUUCCGGUGGAGACGAUGCAUCUAUUCCGAGAUGUUGAUACUCGAAUUGCUUUUAACAGUGAUGGUGCAUUAUUCUUCAAUCUUCGUUAUUUCGAACAGGUCUUUUGGGAUGACUUGAAAACAGUCUUACCUUCUGCAUCAUCGUCCUCUGUGAUAGUUCGUACUAUAGUUAAUUUUUAUUUUAUGGUCACAUGUCAUGAAAUAUCGCAUAACAUUGAUUCUAAUCAUGAUUUGAAUUUUAUCAAUCGGUUGGAGAGAGUGUCUGUACGAUUUAUGGAUGCCAAAGAAACAUUUGCUUCCAAGUUUUCUUUUCAAUAA